AUGACAUACCGUUUCUUCUUUUUCCUAUCAAUUUUGUUCGCAAGCGUCUGCGUAGCGGACGAUGCGGAAAUCAUCGACCUGCACAAGUCUCUGGUCUCAAUCCAGUCUACCACCAAGACAGGCGAUCCACAAACAGACGAGCGAAAUGUCCAGACAUUCAUCGAAAACUGGCUGAAGGAGACGGCCGAAAAGAAUAACUUCAAAAUUAACAUUGAACGUCAACAAGUGACCGAAGGUCGUGACAAUCUUUACGUCUACACAGGUACGGAGAGGUCGACUUCUGUCAUGAUGACUUCCCACGUCGACACUGUUCCCCCACAUUUCGGGUACAGAGUCGAGGGGGACAAGAUCUACGGCCGAGGCGCGAACGACGCCAAGGGCUGCGUGGCCGCCAUGAUGAUCGCCUUUAGAGACCUCCUUAUCAACAAGCAAAUCAAGGAGGAAGGCGACCUCUCUCUCCUCUUCGUCAGAUUGGCGGGGAGGGCAUGA